AUGUUUUUCCCCGAUCCUCCUCCAGAACAACCCGAUUUGCAGAAAUUGAUUGAUGGCGCUUUGUUUAAUGAGAAAAUUAUUAAUACUUAUCCAUGGACGAUUUGGGGGAUUGUAUUCGUUAUUUCGGGGAUACAUUGGUUUGGGAGGGUUAAACGAUGGAGGAGACGGGUUUUAUGGAGGAGAAGGGAGAGAUAUGAUGAUGAUGAAGUAUCCAAGAAGAUGCGAGAGAAUCUAACGGAAUAUGGUAGUGGUAGUGGUAGUGCUACUACAAACUCAUCGGGAAGCAGCACAUUGGGAUCAAACACCCCUUCUAUCAAACUCGACAACAGAGAUGAACAUACCCCUCUCUUAGCGAAUACUCUCCCCAAGAAUACCCCCUCAUAUCAAAGCACCAUAAUAUCCCAUCUCAAAGCCUUCCUAAUCUACCAACCCCGACCAAUCCCCUACUUUAACAAAAUCCUCCCUUCAAACGGCUCAUCAAUCUUCAUCCUAUCAUUCCUCGCCCUCAACAUCUUCUACACUUUCUACCACAUCCACUUUUCCGCCUUCGAAGCAUCAGUAUUAGGAGAUCGAGCCGGUUUAAUCUUCGCUGUUAAUCUCCCCCUUCUCUAUAUCCUCGGCGCGAAAAAUCAACCGUUGAAAAUAUUAACAGGUGUUUCCUAUGAAUCUUUGAAUAUUAUUCAUAGACGUCUGGGAGAAUUAAUCAUGAUUACUGCCAUGAUUCAUGCGGGUGGAAUGUUCAUGAUGUGGUAUAUGUUUUUGAAACCAUUUAGUGGUUGGACGAUAUGGGAUUUUUUAACUCAUCCUUGUAUUUACUUAGGAUUGUUGGCUCUUUUUACAUACAAGUCGUUGUAUGUAACAUCGCUUGCUUCGUUUCGUCAAAGAUGGUACGAGAUGUUUUUAGGAUUGCAUGUUGUGUUACAAGCAGCUGCGUUGAUCAUCUUGUAUUUUCAUCAUCAAGGAGCAAGAACUUAUGUGUUGUGGGCUUUGGUGAUAUUCCUCGUAGAUCGCUUAGUAUAUCGUCUUUGUGCUAAAAUUAUCAUGGCAGAAGCUAAAGUCAGCAUAUUUUCAGACAACGAAACCAUGCUCCUCACAUUCCACCUUCCCCAAACCACCCCAACCAUCCUCUCCCAAACCCUCGGCCACUCCAUCACCACCGGCUGGAAAGCAACCGACCACAUAUUCCUCACCAUUCCCUCCUUAGGCCGCACCCACACCCUCCAAGCCCACCCCUUCACAAUCUUCUCUCCAGCACCUCACCCCGCCACCAAAACCUCCCUCCUCACCCUCCUAAUCCGCUCCCGCUCCGGAUUCACCAGCGAUCUCCUCCUCGCCGCCCAACUAAAAAACACUCUAAAAUGUCGCCUCGAUGGUCCUUACGGAAGUAAUCACGCGCUCUCUCUCCUCUCCGAUUCCGACCUAGCAAUACUUAUUGCGGGGGGAAGUGGAAUUGCUGUUACGUGGCCACUUAUUCAUUAUCUUCUAGCUAUGUCGAAGGAGGAUGAAAAUGAAGAUACAGAGAAUGGGAGGAUGGUAAAGGGGAAGAGACGAAGAAUAGUAAUGAUAUGGAUUAUUCACAAGCGUGAGCAUUUAGAGUGGGUUAAUGGAGAGGAGAGAGAAGAGGUGCAGAGGAGGGGGGUGGAAAUUAUUAUUCCGGGUGCGACGAUGGAGGUUGGAAGACCAGAUUUAGAGGGGUUGAUGGAAGUGGUGGUGGAUGGUGGGAAUGGGAGGAAUGGGAAUUCUUCAUAUGGAAAAAAGAACAAAAGAAGAAUCGGUGUAGUAGUCAGUGGACCUGAUGGAUUAAACCGCACGAUUAAUAAUAAAUGUGCGGAAUUUGUAAAAGAGGGAAUGAAUUUAAAGGUUACGAUUGAGAAAUUUGGGUGGUAG